UUCCUCUACUUCAUAUCUCAGUUUGCGAUGUCGAAAACUUACGAUGAGUUAAAGAAAUGGAUAGUGAUGAUGAGCAUAGUUGCCGCGGUGGCAGCCGAGCCUCAAGUUCCUUGUCUCUUCAUAUUCGGCGACUCACUGAUCGACAACGGCAACAACAACAAUCUGCUUACUAUUGCAAAGGUUAACUUCAAGCCCUACGGUAUCGAUUUUCCGUUGGGCCCCACAGGGAGAUUUUCCAACGGCAACACUAUUGUUGAUAUCAUGGCCCAAUUGCUAGGGUUUGAGGAUUAUAUUCCCUCGUAUUUUACUGUUCAGGGCAAGCAAAUACUAAGCGGAGUCAACUUUGCCUCUGCUGCUGCCGGAAUCCGACCAGAAACCGGCCUCAAUUGGGGCGACCGGUUUACUUUCGAUGAGCAACUGACAAACUUCAAAAACACGGUGGAGCAACUCGAUGCCAUACUCGGGGGGCGAGAAGCGACAUUAAAUCACUUGGGCAAGUGCAUAUUCAUAAGCGGAUUCGGCAACAACGACUUCCUCAACAACUACUUCUUGCCUGCAGUUUACAACACCAGUAAAAUGUAUACGCUCCAACAAUACAUCCCCGUUCUCCUCAAUCGAUAUACCGAGCAACUCAAGAUUCUGUAUACCUAUGGAGCUAGAAAGCUCGCUCUAGUGGGAGCAGCACCGAUUGGAUGCAUCCCUUUCACGUUGUUUACGAGGAGUGAUGGCGUGAAAUGUGCGGACGACGAAAACCGAGCUAGCCAGAUGUACAACACACAACUCAGAGCAAGGAUUGAUGUUUUCAACGCUAGAUUUCAUGGGGCGCACUUUAUAUUGAUCGACGGUUAUAAUCUCAUCAACGAUGUCAUCAAUAACGCCGAAGCCUAUGGUUUUAAGGUGAAGAACAAGGCAUGUUGUGGCUCGUCGCUGAUAUGUCUCCCAAACGACUACGUGUGUCCUAACAGAAGUGAUCAUGUGUUUUGGGAUUUUGCACAUCCCUCGGAAACUGCAUGCACGAUCGUGGCAAGAAGAGCAUACGUAGCUCAGAAGCCGACAGAUGCUUAUCCCUUUGAUCUUCGCCGCUUGGCCCAACUUUGAACAAGCAUGAAAUUAAUGUUUGAUGCCUCUCGCAAUUAAGGCUAUAAUUAGCAUGUGCUUCCCAACAUUUCAUAUUCACACCGAAUAUUGGAAACAAUGCCCUCUUUUCAA